UGACGUCACGGAGGGGGCUAGCCAAUGAGAAGCGACAGCGAGGAAGCUGGCUUGGGUUUGAAUCUGUGGUGGCGUGUGGCGCGCGCCGGGUCACCCCGGUGGAGCGCAGUGGUCGCGGCGCGAGCGCACUUCUGGGCCUAGGUGAAAACAGUACUGCGACCAUGGUGAACAUCAAAGCUGAGUUUUGGGGUAGCGCAGCUGUGGUUAUAUAGGAUUCAGAGAAAUAUCGGGAAUUGUUAGAAACAGGAAUCAAAAUAAUCGAUAAUGUCUGUCCCUGAAGAAGAGCUGUGUCACCACAUGAAAGUAGUUGUCCGUGUACGCCCUGAAAACACAAAGGAAAAAGCAACAGGAUUCCAUAAAGUGGUCCACGUUGUGGAUAAACAUAUAUUAGUUUUUGACCCCAAACAAGAAGAAGUCAGUUUUUUCCCUAAAAAGAAAACUAUAAAUUUUGAUAUUUCAAAGAGACAAAAUAAAGAUCUUAAAUUUGUAUUUGAUACUGUUUUUGAUGAAACUUCAACUCAAUUGGAAGUUUUUGAGCACACCACCAAGCCGAUUCUUCGUAGUUUUUUGAAUGGAUAUAAUUGUACAGUACUUGCGUAUGGUGCCACGGGAGCUGGGAAAACCCACACGAUGCUAGGAUCGGCUGCCGAACCUGGAGUAAUGUACCUAACAAUGCUAGACCUCUACAAGUCCAUGGAUGAGAUUAAAGAAGAGAAAAUAUGUAGCACUGCAGUUUCUUACCUGGAGGUGUAUAAUGAACAGAUUCGUGACCUCUUAGUAAAUUCUGGGCCGCUUGCUGUCCGCGAGGAUGCUCAGAAAGGAGUGGUUGUUCAGGGUCUCUCUUUGCACCAGCCCAGAUCCUCAGAAGAAAUCUUACAGUUACUGGAUAAUGGGAACAAAAACAGGACACAACACCCCACUGAUGCAAACGCGGCUUCCUCUCGUUCUCAUGCUGUUUUCCAGAUCUAUUUGCGACAGCAAGACAAAACAGCAAGCAUCAACCAGAAUGUGCGCAUUGCCAAGAUGUCGCUCAUCGACCUGGCGGGGUCUGAGCGGGCCAGUUCCACCAGUGCCACAGGGGCCCGGUUCGUAGAGGGCACGAACAUUAACAGGUCCCUGCUCGCCCUCGGAAACGUCAUCAACGCCCUUGCCGAGGGAAAGAAAAAGAAUCAGCAUGUUCCUUACAGAAAUAGUAAGCUUACUCGCUUGUUAAAGGAUUCUCUUGGAGGAAACUGUCAAACUAUAAUGAUAGCCGCUGUUAGUCCUUCCUCUUUAUUCUACGAUGACACAUAUAACACCCUUAAGUAUGCUAACCGUGCAAAGGACAUUAAAUCUUCUCUGAAGAGCAAUGUUCUUAAUCUCAACAAUCACAUAUCGCAGUACGUAAAGAUCUGUAAUGAGCAGAAGGCAGAGAUUUUAAUGUUAAAGGAAAAACUAAAAGCCUAUGAAGAACAGACGGCCUGCCCUGAUAAAAAUGACAAAGCAAAGUUAAUGAUUCCAAACCCUCAGGAAAAAGAAAUCGAAAGAUUUCAAGAGAUUCUUAACUGCUUAUUCCAAAAUCGAGAAGAAAUCAGGCAAGAAUAUCUGAAGUUGGAAAUGUUACUUAAAGAAAAUGAACUUAAAUCAUUUUAUCAACAGCAGUGCCAUAAGCAAAUAGAAAUGAUGUGUUCUGAAGACAAAGUAGAAAAGGCCACCUGCAAACGAGAUCAUAGACUUGCGAUGCUGAAAACACGUCGCUGCUACCUGGAGAAAAAGAGAGAGGAGGAGUUGAAGCAGUUUGAUGAGAAUAGCAAUUGGCUGCAUCAGGUGGAAAAGGAGAUGGCGUUCUUGGGACAAAAUGGUCACAUUCCAAAGGAACUGAGUAAAGAUCUUCGUUUUCACCAUUUACACCUCCAGAAUGAAGAUUUGAAAGCACAAAUUAAACACAUGAUAGAUCUCGCUUGCCUUCAAGAGCAGCAGCACAGGCAGACUGAGGAAGUUCUGAAUGCUUUACUUCCAACCCUAAGAAGACAAUAUUGCACACUGAAAGAAGCUGGCUUAUCAAAUGCUGCCUUUGAGUCUGACUUCAAAGAAAUUGAAAAUUUGGUGGAGAGGAAAAAAGUGGUGGUUUGGGCAGAUCAGACUACUGAACCCCCAAACCAAAAGGAUCUGCCAGGAAUUUCUGUCCUGAUGACCUUUCCUCAGCUUGGAUCUGUUCAGUCUGUUCCUUGUUGCACAUCUUCAAGUGAACCGAAUCUGCUUAAAAUUCCUCUGCACAAAAGAACUCGGAGAAAACUAAUGCCUUCUCCCCUGACAGUAAAGCCUACUGAGAAGCCGACUCCGUCUGAAAGUGUCCCGCUGAAUGACUCCCUGACCAGAGAACUUCAGCCUAUUGUGUACACGCCCGAGAACUGCAGGAGAACUGUUCCGGGUCCAUCUCCACGGCCCUGGAUAAAGCUGCCCUCGCAUCCUGCAGGCAUCCAGGCUGGCGCCUCCCAUGGGAGCAGUGGUAUUUCUCUGCGAACGUUGGUCGAGGUGGUCAGCCCUCUUCACAGCAGAGUGACUCGUGGACAGGGCAAUACAGAGCCCUUUACUACAUGUGAGGACAACAGGGCCCUGAAGCAUAAAUUACCGGAACAGGAAUCGCUACCAAACAAAAACAUUUUAGAAAGGCUGGGCCCUUCUUCGCUCUCAUCCACUCACCCAGGGCCUGUGUCAAGCUCAGUGCCAUCUUACAUGGCGAUGACUGCUGCUGCUACGAAGAAACGGAAACUGGCAAGCUGUACAUCGAGUAAUCCGUUAACUGCCGAAGAAAACCAUGGAUUUGCCAAACGUGUUCGACAAGAGAAUGCAAACGAUAAGCUUUUACAGGAAAACAGAGCAGCCACAGGGCACAAAAAUCACAUCCAUAAAAUAAACUCAAACAUGGUUAGAAAAUUUGGAAAAAACAUUUCAAAAGGAAAUCUAAGAUAAGUCACUUCAAAGUCAAGGAUGACGAAACUGACUAAGUCUGCCUCUGAAAGGGGUUUGUUAGUGUCCUCCCAGAAGAGUGUUUAAAACCCUUGAAAGAGGACCCCGUAGAGCUGUUUACCCAGAUGUCUUCGGCAAGCAGAAAACGAAAUUGUCUUCUUUAGUACUUUAAGUAAAUAUAACAUUUCAACUCAACAGAAAAGCUUAUGUUUUACAUUUCUGAAAUAAAAUUCCUUAUUCAGCAAUGCUGGCCGCUCACUUUUAUAACAAGUUGGUGCUGUGACAAGUCGAGGAGAAUGAGAGAACAGCAGUGAGUUACCCUUAUUUUGUUUUUAAAUAAAGAAAACUUAGGGCCAGGGAUUUAGCUCAGUGGUUCCAUCGCC